AUGGACUCCAAUUCGAUGGAUGACAUCAAGGAAAAUCCCAAUCCUGCCCUUCCUGCUUUGCAACCUCUGGGAUUAUGGAAUAUGGGUCUCACCCCAAACCAUUGGCACAAGACCCCAAAUAUACAAAAUCUCCAGCAGCAGUACCAACAUCCGUUAACCUACUGGCACAAUCCGCAUUCUCUGCCUAACCAGCCGAUUUCUCAUCAAGAACCUUUCCAUGGACAGCCCAUACCUACCUCUCCCGCAAUUCCGGAACAGAAAAAGCACAAACGGACCAGGAGCGGCUGCUUUACCUGCCGUGCCCGUCGAGUUAAGUGUGAUGAGAAGCGCCCAACUUGCGACCGCUGUGGUAAAGGGAAACGGGAAUGCCUUUAUCCUCCCCCUCGAGCUCCGAAGUCGGCAAAAAAGCAGGGUUUGAAAACUGGAGAGACAUGCCCAGCAAUAGCUGAGAGCGAGUCUGAGGGUGAUGGUGAUGAGAAAAAAAGGAGUGCCGCGCAAGUACCAUCAAGCGGCCACUCCCAGGAUGGAAAAUCACCGGGCCAAAGAUCAAUCCAACGCCUAGGUCAGACUACAAAGAAGAAAAAUACAACACGUCAACCCAACCGUGUCAAUAAUAAUCCUGCCACUGUGAAUACAGAUGCCAAGAUGGCCGCUCAAGACACAAGUGCGUCCCCUGCUAGUGAUAUGACGGCCCAUUCAACAGGGUCCCACAGCCCUAAUUCCCAUGUCGAUAUUAGCUGGGAUGUGUCAGGCGGUACCCCGGACUCUGCAUCUAGUAUUGCAGAUACCCCUGGCUUUAGUGAUGAUAUACAGUUCUUUCUCAGAUACCAUACGCAGCAUAUCACCCACUCGCACUACAUGAUGAAAUCUAUUUCAGCCAAAUUCGUUAACGAAGAUCUUCUUAAAUAUGCGGUGGAAUAUGAGCCCCUUCUCUAUGCAUUGGUUGCGUUUUCUGCCUACCAUUAUUCCAUUAAACACCCUAAUGGAAGACUCUAUACAUCCCUUCACUACUACAACAAGUCUGUCUCGUCAUUGCUCAGUUCGUUGAAGAGUCGACAACCCCACAAUGAUGCCACUAUUCUUACCAUACUUCAGCUCACUACAUUCGAGGAAUAUGUUGGCGAUUGGGUCAAUCUUAUAGACCACCAUCAAGCGGCCCAUCACAUAAUUCGUGAAUUAUACACCCCUCACAUAAUCUUUGAGGACAAUAUCCAUAAGCACAUUAUCCACUGGUACAUGCGUUAUGAUGUUAUGGCAGGCUUAAUGGCGGGCAAUGCCACCAUACUGGGUCGAGAAUGGUAUAUCGAAGCAGAGAAGCAGGCCCAUCAGGCUGCCUCAGAUGAUCCUGGCUGUUUGAGCAAGGAACUCUUUGCCUUAUGUGCUUGUAACAAGCGAUGCUCAGUGGACUUUGCCUCUCUUCUUGCCAAAGUCUCUCAAAAUCUUAUCUCCCAGGAGGAAUUUCUUACCGAAGGGCAAGUAAUCAGGGAAACCAUGGGAGAAAUGAUUCGCAAGCUCGGCACAUAUAAUGAUCCGGAAUAUCUGGUGACGAGUUACCCAGAAAAAGCGCCGCUAGGAAUCGAUGAUAUUGUCGACCCGUACGUUCCCGGAUUGGUUCACACUGGCCCGUUCUGUGAAGUGGAUUUGGUCAAGUUGGAACUCCGAAGCAGCCUUUUCAUGUACAAGUGUCAGAUUGAUUUGAUCACUCAAACAGUAGAACCAGCAGAAUUGUCAAAGUUUGCAUUAGAGCAGUGCCAACUCGUUGAGACGAUAAACAGGCUGCCCGACAAGGCCCCAAUGUUUCCUCUGAUGUUCCACAAUGUCGUGGGAUUAAUCUGCUUAUAUAUACCUCGUGAUGAUCGGCAUAGGAUGUGGUGCCGAAGGAGACUUGCCGAGAUCGAGCAACAUGGAACCAAAGUAGCCGAUAUUUGGAAGCUUCCUGAAGUUGCUGAAUGGUGGCUGCCAAAUGGCGAAGGGUAUCCAAAAUUAGUCCAAGAGAUCCGGGAAUGGACCUCGGAACGUACCACCAACCCUAGAGAUAAUUUUAGGGAAGCAGUAAGGGAUAUUCGGUCUAUCUUCGGCAGAAUGACUUGCUCAGACGAUAGCAGCCAAACAAGUUCACCAAGCGCACAUAGUGGGACACUUCAGGGAUUUUCGCCUGAUAACUCUUCACCCUGA